AUGGGUUGUGUUGAUUCAAAGUCAUCAAUUUCUAUUGAAGAAAGAGCUAUAAUGAUCGCAGAAGAAGAAUUGGGAUAUGGAAAUAAAUACAGUAGAGAUGUUGAUUUCGUCCACAGAAAAUAUUCAGUUUCUGGCUUAAUCAAUGCUGAGCAAUGAAGAGACAUUUCUAAUUCUCUUCUAAUUAAAUCAGAAAACACUCCAAGAAAUGCUAAAAUUGAAGAUUUUUUCAGCAGCUUUAAAAGCAUAGAUGGAAAGCUGCCUCUUAGAUCGUUACUAAUUAUUGGAGUUUGCUAAACUCGACCAACUUAAAUUGAAACAAAAAAAUCCUGUUCCAAUUUAAAAGGAUUUUUAAAAAUAUAAAUUGAGCUCGAUAAUUUUAAUUCUUUUUUGAAAGAGAUUAGUGUGAAAACGCUUUCUAUCUUUAACUCUUUUUAAAAAAAUAUAUAUUGAGCAAAAAAAAUUUAGGUUUUAAUUUAUUUUUAAAAAGAAGAAUUAAAUAAAAAGAUUUAUCGAUUCAGUGUAAAACUGUUUAAAUAGUAUUCUACUUGUGCUAAGCGAGGGCCGAGCUUCUGAUAAAGCAAGGCUUCUAUUUGAGAUAUAUGACAUCAAGAAUCAAAAAAGCUUGCCAAAAUCAAUUAUACAGGCUCUUGUUGAUGAAAUGUUAGAUAUAUCGAUAAAUAAGCUACCAAUUCUGGUAUGCCCUCACCACGUUGCAAACGAGGAUGAGGUUAAAAAAUACUUAAAAGACCUAAGAGGUUACCAAGAAGUAUCAAAGACAGCUAUAAUUGCUAGAUUCUUAGGAACUGGAGAGGGUGAAGAACAAGAAAUCAGCUUAUCAGUGUUCGUUAAAAACUUUGAAGAUGGUGUAACUGCAAGACUUUUAACAGCUCACGGACUGAGAGAGUUUGUUUAUUGCCAAAAACCUGUCAGAAAAUCAAGAGAUUACCUCACCAAAAAUGAUAAGAAAAAAGCUACCUCCCCCUCCGUGAACGAACAAAAAAAUUUUAUUCACUCUGGGAGGGGUUAAUUUUUAUAAAAUUUUAAAAAAAUAUAAAUUAUAAUUUUAAUUUGUAAAAUUUCUGUUUAAAAUGCAAGCUGUUUAAAAUUAAACAGAAUUAGCUAGAGAUUUCAUUAUACUAAUUAUUACUUAAAAAAUUUUUGUUUGUUCAUGGAGGGUGGUUUUUUUUGGUCAAAAAAUAAGGGUUUUUCUAAUGGUUUUGCUCGCUCACGAUGGGGAAUAAGGAUGAUGGAAAGGAUAAAAAAGAAGAAAAAACAUCGUCAGAUUCAUCUGAUUCGUCAUCCUCUGAAGAUAAAAAGAAAAAGAGCAAAAAUCAAAAAAAUUCUGAAGAAGUCCAGCCUGAACAGCCUGCCGAAAAAGCCUAA